CUCCUUUCUGACGUUUUCAGAGGUAAUGGUCGCUUUUGUUCUCGCGAUAUUUCCGGCACACGGGAGCUUGGGCUACCCGGGCUUCUGUGAAACAUGGCGGUCGGCUGGGACCGUAACACAAGCAUGACUAUAUGAAGGAAGAGGAAGGUUUACCUGAAGAUGAGGCGACUGAAUCGGAAAAAAACCUUAAGUUUGGUGAAAGAGUUGGAUGCCUUUCCGAAGGUUCCUGACAGCUAUGUAGAGACUUCAGCCAGUGGGGGAACAGUUUCUCUAAUAGCAUUUACCACUAUGGCUUUAUUAACCAUUAUGGAAUUCUCAGUAUAUCAAGAUACAUGGAUGAAGUAUGAAUAUGAAGUAGAUAAGGAUUUUUCUAGCAAAUUGAGAAUCAAUAUAGAUAUUACUGUUGCCAUGAAGUGUCAUUAUGUUGGAGCAGAUGUAUUGGAUUUAGCAGAAACAAUGGUUGCAUCUGCAGAUGGUCUAGUUUAUGAACCAGCAAUAUUUGAUCUUUCACCACAGCAAAAAGAGUGGCAGAGGAUGCUGCAGCUGAUUCAGAGUAGGCUACAAGAAGAGCAUUCACUUCAAGAUGUGAUAUUUAAAAGUGCUUUUAAAACUGCAUCAACAGCACUUCCACCAAGGGAAGAUGAUCCAUUAGAGUCUCCAGAUGCAUGUAGAAUUCGUGGUCAUUUAUAUGUCAAUAAAGUAGCAGGGAAUUUUCACAUAACUGUGGGCAAGGCAAUUCCACAUCCUCGAGGUCAUGCACAUUUGGCAGCACUUGUCAACCACGACUCUUACAAUUUUUCUCACAGAAUAGACCAUUUGUCUUUUGGAGAGUUUGUUCCAGGAAUUAUUAAUCCUUUAGAUGGAACUGAAAAAAUUGCUGUAGAUCACAACCAGAUGUUCCAAUAUUUUAUUACAGUUGUGCCAACAAAACUACAUACAUAUAAAAUUUCAGCAGACACCCAUCAGUUUUCUGUGACAGAAAGGGAACGUAUCAUUAACCAUGCUGCAGGCAGCCAUGGAGUCUCUGGGAUAUUUAUGAAAUACGAUCUCAGUUCUCUUAUGGUGACAGUUACUGAGGAGCAUAUGCCAUUCUGGCAGUUUUUUGUAAGACUCUGUGGUAUUGUUGGAGGAAUCUUUUCAACAACAGGCAUGUUACAUGGAAUUGGAAAAUUUAUAGUCGACAUAAUUUGCUGUCGUUUCAGACUUGGAUCCUAUAAACCUGUCAAUUCUGUCCCCUUUGAGGAUGGCCACACAGACAACCACUUACCUCUUUUAGAAAAUAAUACACAUUAGCACCUCCCGAGUGAAGGAGAAAAACUUUUUGCCUGAGAUAUAAAACCUUUUUUAAUAGUAAAAUAUUGUGCAAUAUAUUCAAAGAAAAGAAAUAUGAAUGAGAAGCAGGAAACACACUUAUUUUAAAAAAAGAAAAGGAAAAAUAACCCCAAACUGAAAUUCUAUAUGUGUUGUGUCUGUUACAAAUGCCCUAGAAGAAAUUAUGCAACUAAUCAGUGAAUAAGCCCAACUGGAGUAUUGCUUUGAAGAUGACUCCUGAUACUUUCACAGCAAAUGGGCAGUGUGGAAAUCAGACCUUGCUUCUUGGUGACAAAAAACCUGAAGGAAAGAAGUGAAACCAAAUCUAAAGAAAAAGGCAUUGAUAAGUGCAAAUGUUUGUGUCCUUUGUUUUUAAAAGAUAUGAUGUCAGAAUAAAAUAUGGAAAACAUAUGGAAAA